AUGUACAGCGAACUAGAAAUUGUUGCGGUGUUCACAAGUCUACUGAUUUUCUUUUCAGGAUCCGGAACGGCUCAAUUCCUGGAGAACAUCUGUGGAGAAAGACGCGAUGGCCUGUCACCAUAUGCAGUGGGUCCUUGGACGGCCAUCCUGCACCAUUCCGGACGCAUCGUUUGCGUAGGAACCCUGAUCCACGAGCGGUUUAUCCUGACAGAUGUACAUUGUGGUGGCUCCAAUGGAGCUAUUCGAGCACGCUUGGGAGAGUACGGAAGAAUAGGUUCUGAGCUGGCAGAAGACCACGCAGUUGCUGCAUUCUUUAGAAACGCCAACUUUAAUCCGGAAACGCAGGCGAAUAACGUUGGCCUAAUGAAACUGCUGCGAACCGUAAUAUACAAAGAGCAUAUAAUUCCGGUCUGCAUUCUCCUGGACUCACGGAUGCAGACGUUCGCCGAUAAACUGGACUAUUUCAAUGGUACUACAUGGAAGAACUCGGACAUAUCACCUAUGCUGAGCUCCAAAACAGUGGUCCGUAUGCCGCAGGCAUGCGGAAAUCUGGACAAGGGUCAGUUCUGUGCCGGCCACAAGGAUUUGGACACCUGUGACGAACCAUCUGGCGCAGCCUUGACCCGUGAAAUAGACUACAUUCUUCCAAACCGGACAGUUCUGUUUGGCAUCGCGAACUCCGUCAAGGAAAAUUGCUCCAACUCUCGAUCUUACACCGAUAUGGUGCAAUUGCAUCAAUGGAUCAGUACUGUAAUCUACUCCUCCAGCACCAAUGAUGGUAUGGACGAACCACACAAUACUACUCAUCUGCCCGAACUUUUUUGUGGACCAAAACUAAAGACCACUAACUUUGCAACCAAUUCUAAGAAAUAAUAAAUACGCUUCUAUAUUUGACUAUUAUUUUACUAAAUAAAUAGAUUAAUGGAA